GAGAUGGCGGAGAAACCUGUGAAGUACAAUUUCUCACUCAUCCCCUCCAAAAAUGUUACGAAAUGCCAAACCCCUACACAUUUUCACAGGAUUAGGGUGAUAUCAAGUUUCUGGUGGACUUUUAAUUUGAAUUUGAAAUUAUUCAGGGGGAUCAAAGAAAGGGGAUUCGGGCAAUUUCCCUUACUGUUAAAGGUAGAUAUAUCCAAUGUUCGGAGUUAUCGCGGAGACAUAAUUUGUUUUGAUUAGUUAGAAUCUGAACAAUUGUAUUUUUCUUCUAAACUGACAAGCCAUUAAAUAACUUAUCCUAGUCAAACUUAUACCUUUUAAGUAUUCUAGUUAGUAGGUAGAAAAAUUUAAUAUUAGUUCCAUUGUGUAACUUCCUUACAUUCAGUUACGUGUUGUUGCUUUUUUUUAGAAUUGUUUAGAAAGCCUAGACUAUGCGUGUACAAAUAUAUGACUUAUUUGCCUAAAUAGAUGAAUAACAAUAAACCUGAAUUGUGUUUGAGAGGCAUAAUUUUAGCCCCCUGAUUUACCAUAAAGUGUUCCAAAUAAUCUGUAAGAUAACAUGUUUCAGUUCUUGUUCAUUCAUAAAUUAUUUUGAUGUCAGCAUAGAUGAAAUGGCGAUUGGUUAUCUCUUCCUCUUGCCAACCCCUUAAGGAUCCGAUGUGAAAUUAGUAGCAAGAAAGCAUGUAAUUGACAAAGUCACGUGUGCUCAGGGGGCCAGAAACUGAGGGAGAGAGAAGGGGGGAAAAAUCAAAAGAGGGAAAGCACAUUAGACCAUGCGAGCUAAAUUUGUGAUCGCUCAAAAUCAAGAUGUUAGACUGAUGCAGAAGAUCACUUCGUUCCAAAGGGAAAGUUUUCAUCUCUGGAGUUUGGAGCCGAGGGCCCGUGGGGCAACAUGGCCGAAGGGGGGGCAAGUAAAGGUGGUGGAGACGAACCCGGGAAGCUGCAGGAGCAGGAAGAAGAAGAAUCCCAGGUUUUGCACGGAACAGGCCACUGCAAAUGGUUCAAUGUGCGAAUGGGAUUUGGAUUCAUCUCCAUGAUAAACCGAGAGGGAAGCCCCUUGGAUAUUCCGGUCGAUGUGUUUGUACACCAAAGAAUGAUCUUCAGCUUGAAAAGAAGGAUGAAAUUAAAAAGAGCAAGCUAUAUAUGGAAGGAUUUAGAAGCCUAAAAGAAGGAGAACCAGUGGAAUUCACAUUUAAAAAAUCUUCCAAAGGCCUUGAAUCAAUACGGGUAACAGGCCCUGGAGGGAACCCUUGUUUAGGAAGUGAAAGACGACCCAAAGGGAAGACACUACAAAAAAGAAAACCAAAGGGAGAUAGAGAUAUAAUUUUUCCUCUGAGGACUGCUUUAGCUGUACCCCAAAAAUUUUGGCCAAGACACAGUUCUGAUGCACAAUUAGACUUGACUGCAAUGGGCAGGAAUUACAGAUGCUACAACUGUGGUGGCCUUGACCAUCAUGCUAAGGAAUGUAGUCUACCUCCUCAGCCAAAGAAGUGCCAUUACUGUCAGAGCAUCAUGCACAUGGUGGCUAAUUGCCCCCAUAAAACUGUUCCACAACCGCCCACUAGUUCUCAGGGAAGACAUGAAGCAGAACCACAGCCAUCCACUUCGACUUUCCCCCGAGAAGUGGCAGGAGCCUACGGCUACUCAUCUCCAUCGUAUUCUCAGGAGGGCCGAUCCGAGAUCUCAGAACGGUCAGGCAGGUCACCUCAAGAAACUUCCUCCAGUAAGUUAUCCACCUCACCAGAAGAACAAAGCAGAAAGGGGCCUUCAGUUCAAAAAAGGAAAAAAACUUAAAGUGUUUUCAUCACAUACCAUUUUUUUUUUACCCAGUUGGGAUGUCUACCUCAUGCAAGUACAGGGGAAGUAAUUUCACCAUCAGCAGCUGACCUGGAAUUUUAACUACUGUUGAGGAACUGUGAAGAAAAAAAUUUAAACAGACAAAUCACUCUAAGCAGAUUAUAUUUAAGCAGGGUGUCAUGCUUUAUAUUGUUGGAAGAAUGAGAGUGAAUCUGAGAACAUAAGUGUAUCUGUGUUUGCAUGUGUGAAAGGAGAGAACAUGUAUUUGUGAUGGGUGUAGCUUUCAUAUACAGGUAUGUAGACAUAUAUAUGUAUAUAUAUGUAUAUGUAUAUAUACAUAUAUAUAUAAAGAAAGACCUAUCUUUAUAUAUAUAUGUGCAUGUAGAUGUAAGCAUACACUCACACAACUGGAAAUGUCCAAGAGUUGAGUGUCCAUGUGAAGCAAAAUUCACAUUUUAGGAUGUUUUUGAAAAUUACCCCCUGGAAACUUUCUUGAAAUAUCACCUUUUUAUUUAUAGCCACUUAAAAAAGAAAAUAUGACUGUUAUUCUUUAUUUGAACCAAAUAAUACUUCAUAUCUCAUAGCUGCCAAUUACGUGGUACUAAGGGUAUUAAGACAUCCAUUAUUCCCAAGUUUGGAAUAACUUUGGUUUUGCCUUUUUUUAAUGCACAUAGAUCAGCGUUUCUUUUAUCACGUCUCAAGGGCAGUACCUUAAUGCUCUAUGCCUCUAACUGCCACAAUUUUUAUUUGUUCUGGAAUAUAGAACUCCAGAGAAGACAAUGAAUGUGUAUUUUAUGUGCUGGUAUCUCAAUGUUGCUGUACAUGAAUAUGGCUUAAUUGUGAAUUAGAUGCCUACUGGGAGGAAUGAGGGGGAGGUGAUAUAAAAUUGUUAUGACUUGAUCAUUUUUGUAUGGUAUUUUCAUACCACUCCACUGUGACCCUUUUUAUGUAUUGUCAAGUUUUUUGAGGGUCUGUUGGAAGUAGCAGCUUUCCUGGUCAAGUUAAUCCCUCUGACCAUUAUUUAGAUCAAAAGACUCUCCUUUUUUUUAACUACUGAAAAUCUUGGAGAAAAAUUCUUAAUAGUUUGAUGUAUAUUUUUGGUGGUUGUUUUCUUCCUGAAGAGUACAGGAAUAAAUCUGUUUUUUUAAAAAAAGAUCAAAUGAAAAAACUAAACAGCACAAAAAUGAACAAACCAUUAUGAUAAAGAUUGAGAAUGAAAAUAAAGUGGGUACCAAUAGUUAUCCAACCUGUGUUACAAGAGAAUUAUAUUUUUUGGGGAAAAAAGUACAAUAUUUAAUGGCACAAAACUAGAGUCAUAAAAUCUGGGGCAGAGGUUCUCACACCUCACCUGCCCAAGUUCUAGUUAUCUGUAUGUACUUGGCAUGAUGAAAUUGACCAUAUAACAAAUUUUCCUUAUCACUGAUGAUGAAAUUUAGCCCAUAGAGACCCGAGCUCUAAGCUCUGAAGUGCUACUUGCAUCUUAGAUCCAGGAUGCAACAUUUCAGGCUUUGCAUUAAUAGUCUCAGUAAGUCACUCCUUUGUUAAAUUGAUAAAAUGGUCUGGACGAGGUGAGGAAAUGUGGACUGCAGAGUAGCCCUUGUGGUAUUGGUACCCUGAGAUUCAUAUAGAAAAGAUACAGGACAUUCCUGUUCAAGUUGCUAUUCAUAAAUUUAUGAAACCUAUCCAAGAAAGUAUAAUUUAAUUAUGGCACCUAACAUUGGCAAUAAAUGUUGGUUUGCAAAUGUCUGGUAGGUGUAAGCUCAGAUAAUCAAAAGAAAGGAAGAAAGAAAGAAAGAAUAAAAGAAAGAAAAUAGCAUGAAUCAAAUUAGACAGAUUCUGUCGUCCCUCCCCCACUUGUCCUGCUAUGGGAGACUUUUACAGUUGCUACUGCUUCAGUGAGCAGCAGAUAAGGAUAUAAUGCCUCAGGCUGUGGCACAAAUCCUUUACAACUUAGCUUGAAUUCCAUGACAGUGUUUGUGAGAAUCUCCAUGGUUUAUACUGAUAUUCUCAGUGUGCUAUAAUGCAAAGCUUACCUUUGACGAUAUUGAAUGUGAUAUAUCUUCUAGAGAAGUACUUCCUUGCCUUAUGUAAGGAUUGUAAGCUUAUUUAAAUUAUGUAGACAAAUCAAAGUGGCAUUGCUUAACCUUAUAGCAGGUAUUAUAACCAGGUUAAACAGUAACGAUGCAAAACAUAGGUCACUUUGAAAAUUCAAACCAAAGUUUCUUGACCUUGUAGAAAUAGGAAAUUGUGCAUUUGAGAACUGGACAUUCCCUGUUUACAUAUAGAAAGGUUCAGAGCUGAGAGCAUCUUAGAGUAAGAUAUUCAGAGUCAGGGUCUGAAUUGUAGACCUUCGCUGGUGCCGUUUGAAAUCAUAAGCACCAACCCAGACUGAACUACUAAGAGCACAUACCAAACCUAUCUUAAUGGUUAAAAGUUUAGGGUUUAUUUUUUUAUAUAAGAAUAUUAUCACGAUUACAUAACAUACUCAGGACAAAGAACUUUGCUCAGGGAAUAUACCAUAUAAUGUUGGAUUUUUUCUUUACAGAAUAGUCUAUGGGCCUGCUUACUCAAAACAAACCAAAAAACUUAGACCUUUAUGUAAGUAUUAUGGACUGAUGUUAGUAACUACCUCUGAGUUUGACAUAGACCUAAGUUUUUGAUAAUCAGCUACCAAUUUUUGUAUUUUUGUUUCAUGUGGAAACAAUAAAGUGGUAUUCCUGUACUGGUUGCUUAUGUGAAUAUCAGUGAUGUUCGUCACAGUGUAUUUGCAUAGGUGAAAAUGUUAUAUUCUGUUUACAGCAAAAGACUACCUCAUAGUUAAUGCAGAGCACACCUUUAUGCUGCUCCAGCCUAAAAGGUGGCUGUUGACCCUAUGGUACAUACUCUUUAAUAUCUGUAUAAUGUAUAGUAAUUCACCACUGCAUAUUUCUAACAAACACUUGGUAACAAUGAAGCAUCUGAUUUUAGUUGUGUGAAGUCUCCAGACGUCUCCUUAAACAUUAUCAUUGAUUUGGUCUGAAGGAUUAUGGGCACUCUUCACAAAAGCCAAAUAGAACACUAAAGCAGCCUUGGAAAUAGCCUGAUUGCUGAGGGGUGAAUAGUCAUUAAUGCUAAUUUCAUUCUUGUCGCUACUGGUCAAAGCUACCCAAAGCCAAACAUUGCAGUCUGUGAUAUGUAACUCACCCUGGAUUACUAGGAGAUAGAAAAAGUGCAGUUCCAUACCCAGCUUCUAGAAUUGGCCUUUGAAAGAAAAACUGAGCUGGAGUGCCCCAGAGAAGAAAUGGCUGUCUGCAUGGACUAGAGUAUCUCAGUUCAAGGCCGGGGCAGUGGUCCUGAGAAGAGAUCACUUCUUGCCCUCCUGCAUGCAUCAGAUGGAACACAUCAAGUGGUCUGUGCAUUCAAACUAUCAUAAAACUUAAGAAAGAUACAUUCCCAUCUUCCUAAACCUUACAAAGAUAGAAAUGGCGAAACAUCAUGAUAACAUUUUUCAUAAUUGAAUUUGAGUCUUUACUAGAAGACUGCACAAUUCUUUUUAUAAUUGACAGAUGAAACCAAAAGAACAAUGGGCACCUGCACACCAUCCAGAGUAAUCGAGUUGUGUUCUAUUUUUGAGUGCAAUGUAGGGGAAGAGAUCAAGGCAUGAUCGUUAUGGCUGACUGGCCCAAAGUGUUAGUAGCUUCAAUCCACCUUCAAACAGAGGAUAUUUUAAUUGCCAAUCUUUUUUUUUCCCUUUUUUUAUUAUGACUCGAGUUUAUUUUGCACCAGUGCUAUCCCCGAGUUACUUACUGCUAGUUGUAUUUAGUUUUGUGAAUAGAGACCCAUAAAUGUUAAUAGACAUUGUAACAUUCACUGUAAGAUGAAUUAUAAAGGACAUGGGAAAUCUCAUUAAGUCUUAAAAUUAAUUUAAAUUAAUUUAUCUGUUUUCUCUAAGAAAUGUUUAUCAUAAAAAUAUAUGUGUGUAUUUCCCCUUUGGUUAUAAAAAUUGGGAAAGUAUGUACAUGUGCAGAUGCACUGACUUUAAUUUUCUAGCUGUCUUAAUGAGAUUUAUUUGUUUUAGAGGACACCUUGUGGAGAGCAUCUGAUUCUCUCUUACACAUCUAUCAGCAACCUCUUUGAAGAUGUGGUGGUUGUAGUAGCUGUGUCAUAAUUGUUGAGUUGUAGGAAGAAGUUGAUCUAUGAAUGUUCAGGGCUUUUUCCAUUUUGUGCUUUAAUUGGGGCUGCAGAAUUAUGGUAAAAUACUGUCCUAGAAGAAAGAGCUGAGCUAUGCCCUACACCUGUUGCUUAACACAUUUCAGAGUUACCAGCUUUAAAAAUCGUGUUGGGCGACCUCAUAAACUCCUUAUUUUUUAGCAAUUAUUGGCAACCACCAACCAGCCUGGCUUUAACUAGUAUGUGUUGCUUUUGAUGACAACUAUAACCAUACUAGAGACCAAAGUGAACACUGAUUUCUAUUUGUCUUUAAUACUGUGUCUUAUCUAGUGUUUUUAAAUUAUCCUAUGUAGUAUAUAGAUGACCUCAUUGUCCAUUUUGCCUCAUGUUGUUUACAAGAUAAAAUUUAAAAAAUCACUUGAAUUGUAUGUUUUUAAAAGGAGAAAAAAAGAGUUUGAUGUCUUGAAGGGCCUUUCAUUGGUUUAUGGUCAUCUUGCUGGACUAAAGCACUGAUUGCCUUUCUGCAUAUCAUGUAUUUUAUAUUCUCAUUUCAUGCCUAAUGUCUUAUUUCUGUCAAUCAUGGAUGUUAAUGAGGUUUCAAAGAAGUACUUGAUUAAAAAUAAAACAUAUAACGUUGGAAUUUA